GAGAUCGCUGCGGACUUUAUGAAAGCAAUCGAUAACGCCAGAAAAAACGUUAAACUCGCAAUGAAAAUUCCGACGAAGACGACCACCUCUCCGGUCAAGGAGAUCGAGAUCGUCUACGAAGCGAAGGCUACUCCGGAGGAGAAGCUGCAGAGGGUGUAGGGAACCGAGUAUAGUGCUAGAUCCAGACGUCACUGGACAAGACUCGUCGAAAGUUGGCUGCUGCUGCUGCGCCGCGAGCAGGUGUUGUCUGCAACUUCCUAAUCACCCUCAACGUGAAGUUCCAUCCGCUUUCCGUUGAACCAGACUUGGACAUACCGGAUGUGAAUCGGUAUGAACUAUAGCAGUGCAGGAAUAAAAAAUAAACCUCAUACUGAACAAGAGCCGUGCGCCGAACAGGUAGUUAAAUUCAAAUCGCCCGACUUGGCCCACCAGUUCAAGGCACACAUCGAUAAUAUUCUGCAAGAAUUACGCGAGAAGAGAACUGCCAAAGGAAUUGUCACUACAGCUGUUGGCGUUGACGCCAGUAAAGAAACGCCAUGGUGAAGGAACAAUUCAGGGAGACGAAUAUCGCCAGCAAAGUCUCCCAUAUAUCUUUUGGAGUGGACAGCACGCUUGACAUGACUAUGCAGGCCAACGUGCAAGUGGUCCAUAGAGAAUUAUACUACGAAGAUUCAACACGUACUCCGUUUCCACAUGGAGCACUCGACAAACGCAUGGGAGUGAGUUCCAUGGGAGCAGACUGUGAAACGUGUGGUAAAAAGCUGAGUGACUGCGUAGGACACUUUGGAUAUUUGGAUCUAGAAUUACCAGUCUUUCACAUUGGCUACUUUAAAUCAAUCAUUCAGAUUUUGCAAACAAUUUGCAAGAGAUGCGCUCAUGUUUUACUAACACGUGAGGAAAGAAAAUUUUAUCUACGCAAAAUAGAAAAUCCAAAUUUGGGAUAUUUAAUACGUAAGGCAUUACGCAAACAAAUCUGGGAGAGAGCUAGGAAAAAAACGGAAUGUCCAAAUUGCAAGUCAUACAACGGACCCGUGAAAAAGGCUGGUUUUCUCAAAAUUGUACAUGAGCAAUAUAAGAACUUAAAGAAAACGGAUCCUAUUAUUCAAGAGAAAUUAACUGACUUGGGUCCAAAGAUGGCACGUGACAAAGAAUAUAAGAAUUUAAUAGAGCAAAACUACAGAUGUCUAUUUGAUCAAUAUCUGUAUCCAAACAUGGUUCAAGAACUUUUCAAUAGAAUUCCAACAGGCGAUAGGUAUCUUUUGUUAAUGAAUCCCGAGCGCGCUUCACCAGUAGAUUUAAUACUGACGAGGAUCCCCGUACCGCCAGUUUGUAUUAGACCUAGCGUUGUAUCCGACCUGAAAGAUGGCACAAAUGAAGAUUAUCUGACAAUGAAAAUAUCAGAAUUAACUAUAAUUAAUGAGUAUAUUCGCAAUAGAGGUACUAACAUGGAAAAUUGGGAUUAUCUUCAACUCCACUGUGGUCUUUACAUUAAUAGUGAAAUAUCUGGAAUACCUCACAACAUGCUACCUAAAAAGUCUGGUAGAGGUAUAGUACAAAGACUCAAAGGAAAACGAGGUCGUUUUCGAGGUAAUUUGUCUGGUAAACGUGUCGAUUUUACUUCUCGCACAGUAAUUUCGCCCGAUCCAAAUCUUAGAAUAGAUCAAGUUGGUGUACCUGUACAUAUUGCAAAGAUUUUAACAUAUCCUGAAAGGGUCAUUCCGUCAAAUUUAGAACUAAUGCGACAAUUAGUUAGAAAUGGUCCAGACAUACAUCCUGGAGCAAACUAUGUGCAAUAUAAGAGCUCGCAAAAUAGGCGAUAUCUUAAAUAUGGCGAUCGAAAUAAAGUUGCCCAUGACUUAGAGCCCGGCGAUAUUGUCGAAAGGCACCUCAAAGACGAUGACUUAGUGCUGUUCAAUCGGCAACCGUCUUUGCACAAAUUAAGCAUAAUGACACACAGAGCCAAGAUAUUGGAGCAUCGAACGUUUAGAUUCAAUGAAUGCGUUUGUACACCCUACAAUGCCGAUUUUGAUGGGGAUGAAAUGAAUCUCCAUUGUCCACAGACUGAAGAAGCCAGAGCGGAAGCGUUAAUUUUGCUAGCAAAUAAGUCCAACCUGGUCACACCUCGUAAUGGUGAAUUAUUGAUAGCAGCAACUCAGGACUUUAUUACCGGUGCUUAUCUUUUAACUCAGAAGGACACAUUUCUUCAGAUAGAGCAGGCUAGAUUAGCUCUUUGCCUCUUAGCCGGCCCGGACGCUUCUACAGUCGUAACUCUUCCUCCACCUGCGAUAAUAAAGCCGGCGAGAUUGUGGACUGGCAAACAAAUAUUUAGUUUAAUUAUACGACCGAAUCCGGAAUGUCCUGUCAAAGCAAAUCUAAAGACGAAGGGUAAGGCGUAUACCGAAAACGAGGAACUCUGCAUUAAUGACGCCUAUGUUAUCAUUCGUAAUUCAGAGCUUCUAGCGGGAACAAUGGAUAAAUCGGUAUUGGGUUCAGGAUCAAAACAAAAUAUAUUUUAUGUUCUACUACGCGAUUGGGGUGAAGAUGUAGCAAUCACAGCUAUGUGGCGUUUAACCAGAAUAACGAACCAUUUUAAUUUUGAGAGAGGAAUAUCUCUCGGUAUUGGUGAUCUUAUACCUAGUCAAGGUCUUCUUAAAUCCAAGGAAGCGCUGUUACAAGAACAUUACGGUAAAUGCAGAGGUUACAUUAAACAAAUGGAAGAAGGCCGUCUUGUCUGUCAACCUGGAUGUUCAGAAGAGGAAACAUUAGAAUCGAAAAUAUUAAACGAACUUUCAGUAAUCCGCGAGCUUGUUGGUAAAGAUUGCUUGAAAGAAUUGCAUCGCACUAAUACUCCUCUUAUUAUGGCACUUUGCGGUAGUAAGGGUAGUUUUAUCAACAUCUCUCAAAUGAUUGCUUGUGUAGGUCAACAAGCUAUCAACGGACGUAGAGUGCCUGAUGGAUUCGAAAAUCGUGCAUUACCUCACGUUUUAGCACGAUUAAAAACACCGGAUGCUAAAGGUUUUGUGGAAAAUUCAUUUUAUUCUGGAUUAGUGUCUAAGGAAUUCUACUUUCAUGCAAUGGGCGGUCGAGAGGGUCUCACAGAUACCGCUGUAAAAACUGCAGAGACUGGAUAUAUGCAAAGACGAUUGAUUAAGAGCUUAGAAGAUUUGUGUAUCCAUUACGACAUGACAGUGCGUAAUUCGAUGCACGAUAUCGUACAGGUUCCAUAUGGCGGAGAUGGAUUGGAUCCUACGUACAUGGAGGGUAAAGAUUGUCCCGUGGAUUAUGUCAGAGUGUACGAUCAUGUGAGAGCGAAAAUGCCUCAUAAAACCGAAGAACCUUUAAGUGCUGCUAACGUAAGGAACGCCACAAAGGAAAUGCUAUCAUCCGAGGAAUACGAUUGUCUCAGUGAUGAAUUUAAAAAGGCAUUGACCACAUUUUUAUACGAUUCUGUGGCGACAAAAAUAGCGCAUUAUCGGAAAAAUUUUAAAUCGGAUGCACCAGUGGUCUCGCAACUGGAACGUUUCACCGUCUCGCAGUUGGUAGAAUUUAUUCACACUUGCAAGGAGAAAUACAUGAGAGCUAAGAUAGAACCGGGUACUGCUGUAGGCGCACUCGCUGCUCAAAGUAUUGGCGAGCCGGGAACUCAAAUGACACUCAAAACGUUUCAUUUCGCUGGUGUAGCAUCCAUGAACAUCACGCAGGGUGUACCGCGUAUUAAAGAAAUUAUUAACGCGAGUCCGAAGAUCAGUACUCCCAUUAUAACAGCGACAUUGAUCAAUCAAGAGGAUCCUGAGUUUGCCGAGAAAGUAAAAGCACGAAUCGAGAAAACAACUCUGGGAGAUGUAGCUAAAUAUAUCGAAGAAAUAUAUUUGCCCAGGGAUCACUUUCUUAAAAUAAAGUUAGAUACUGAUAGGAUUAAAUUGUUAAAAUUAGAAAUUGAUCUUCAGCAUAUAAAGAAAAAACUCAUUGCUUCAAAAUUGAAACUAACAGAGCAGAAUAUAACGGUAGAUAAAAUCGAAUCUACUAUUGAAAUUCGACCAAAUCGGCAAAGCAGUAAAGAUAAUUCAAAUUUUCCAUUUCGUCAAUUGACCGAGACCAUUCCAAAUAUUGUAGUAAAGGGCUUGCCAUCGGUCAAUAGAGUGGUUGUACAUAAUGAAAAUCUAGAUAAAACGAAUACAUAUAAGUUAUUUGUCGAAGGUGAUAAUUUCAGAGAAGUUAUGGCAACGCGUGGUAUUAACGGCGAAAAGACGACGUCAAAUAAUACUAUAGAAGUUUUCAAAACGCUCGGGAUAGAAGCAGCCAGAACAACCAUUAUGUUAGAAAUUAAAUCAGUAAUGGAAAAUCAUGGAAUCAGUAUUGAUCAUCGACAUUUAAUGCUCUUGGCAGAUUUAAUGACUGGCAGAGGAGAAGUGCUUGGUAUUACGAGGCAAGGUUUAGCAAAAAUGAAAGAAUCGGUUUUGAACUUGGCAUCGUUUGAGAAAACAGCAGAUCAUCUAUUUGAUGCGGCUUAUUACGGACAAAAAGACAUUAUUUGUGGCGUAUCGGAAUCAAUCAUAAUGGGCCUUCCAGUUCCAUUAGGCACGGGAAUCUUCAAAUUGCUUCAUAAGGCAGAUAAAGAUGAACCGCGUACUAGGAAACUACUAUUUGAUGAUCCACAAUUCCACAAGCCAUUCCGUCUUGGAAAACGACUUCAACGAGCACGACCGCGUCCAAUAUUGCAAACUUAG